AUGGCGCAAAGAGGAGACAUUUCUCAACAAGAAGCAGCUGGCCAAGAAGAAAAUGUCGAUUUAACAAGUCAGGUAUUGACACAUUUCUGUCAGCCAUGUUCAAACAACAGUAAAGAAACAACUGCCGAUGUGUUCUGUCUAACUUGUAAAGAGUUUCAAUGUCAGGACUGUUCAAAUGGGCAUAAAACUUACUCAUUCAUGAAAAAUCAUAAACUGUUUGAUGCAAGUGCUGCACCAGAAAUGACAAUCGCUUAUGAUAUGAACGGCUUAGACCGGUGUGGAAAACAUGACAAACUUGUUAAGUUUUUCUGUAUGGAUGACAGGAAAUUAUGCUGCAGUACGUGUGCCAUUAUUGAACACAGAAAAUGCUUUUGCGUUGAUGAAAUCAAAAAAAACAUCGCCUCAGAUCAAAGUGACAUCAAUACGCUAAAGGUAAAUAUAAAUAAUUUGAAACAAAGAAGUGAAGCUGCGGUUAGAUAUUCGAUACACAGUGAAAAGAACUUGCAAGAACAAGUUAAAAAUUUGUUUGAGCAUCUAUAA